GGAAUCGAAGAAAAAUCUGUGCAAACAAGUGCAGCUUAGGUGUCACUUGAUGUAAUGUCGCCUCGGGUUGGUGUUCGAUUGUGCUUGAUUUAAUCUCUUGUGUUUCGUUUCGCCAAGGAGGAAAUUCUCAAAAACCCCUUGGGUAAAGGAUAGUAGGAAAUUCAACAGCUGUGCCGAGUGCAAUUAAUAGUGUGUUUUACUUCAUUAUCUACUAAGUAAUGUCGGAGAAAAAGAGUGUGCUUCUGGAGGCAAGUACGAAAAUGGCCAGUUUGUCAGAUUCAGAUGUUUCUUCGAUAUCGGUGAAUGUUCCAUCAAACGUUCAGGUAACAGCGCUAUCUGACGGAUUGUAUCAUAUUAAAUGGGCAUUCGACAUCAGCUCAAUUGGAAACGCAAGAGGAAGCCAAGAGACGACGUUUAAACUCGACCAAUAUUCCUCAGCUUUCUACAAGCUCACCUUGAAGUUCUACAAGCAAGAUCCUGAUCCUGAUCAAUGUGAGUGCUCACCCGAUACUCAGUUCAUGAUGAAUCUCAAGCUGAAGCCUGAAGCAUGCCCAACAUCGCAGUGGUUAAUUUCUAUGGAUGGUAGGGACCAAUCAGCUGCUGUAUGGGCUCGCGUCGGUAGAUGUCAGAAAAUCAUUUUGGACCAGUUACCUUACAUUGUAUGGAAGUCCGAAACGUUCCCCGUCAUUCCAGAUUGGGAUGCAACUGAAAUUCCUUGCCAAUUUUGGAUCAAGUUUUAUCAAAGUGUUGGAGAGAUUAACGCAAUUCACGAAGAGGUAGGGCAAUUCACGAACUUGUACGUCAAUCAAUUAAACUGUGACGUUACGUUCAGUUUCCAUGAGAUCAAUGAAGACGAGCCGAUCGGUGGUCAUGUCAUCGUUUUGUUGGCCAGAAGCUCCGUCUUCGCUGCCAUGUUCUACGACAGAAUGCAAGAAACGAGUACGAGAAAAGUUUGCAUCAAAGACAUCAAACCGGAUAUUUUCAAACAAUUGCUCCAUUACAUUUACUCUGGUCGAACAUCGACAAAGUUGUCAGAGGAAAACGCCCAGCCUUUGUUUGUUGCGGCCGAUAUGUACGACAUUGAGGACCUGAAAGACGAGUGUGUUCAGUUCUUGUUAACUUGCAUCAAAUUGGAGAACGCUAUUAAUCUAAUGGCGUGGGCACACGUCCAUGCAGUCGAUUCCCUUAAAGAAGCAGCACUCGCUUUCGUGGCAUCACAUGGAAAAGAAAUAUGCAAACAAGAUGAUUGGGAGAGACUGAUCAAGAGUUAUCCAGAUCUUUGUUUGUUAGCCACUCGAAGCAUGUGGAAAUAACACUCUCUGUCGGGCAGAGUAUCUAUAUGUUGAAAAUUAAAUCAAUUUCUAAAUUGGGAUGUUAUGUCAUCAAGAUGGAGAAAAAACUGAAAUCUGUUUAAUAAAAAAUCUGAUUUGGUGCUGCAA